AUGGACCAGCUGACGGUGGAGGGAAGGACAACUGAUUCACACACUUCCAUAGCCAGCAUGUUGGAUUCCCCCAAGAGUUGGGUAUUGCAAGGUCAAUUUUGGUGGAGAAAUGUUAAAGGAGGGCCAUUCUUUUGGUGUAGGUACUGUUAUCAGAGACGAAAAUGGCAUUUUUGUAGCCGCUUUCCGAAGAAAGUGGACACAGGUGGGUUAUCGCAAGACUUGGGAGGUAAUUGCUCUAAAGUUAUUGACUCUGUGAAGCUACUUAAGUUAUUGAAAGGAGCAGAAAUGGAGUUGCCGCGCUGGAAUGUUCCUUUGGUAAGCAUCAAGAACAAACUCAAUCGCAUUAGGCACUAUGAGGUGGCUUUGGUGCGGAGAAGUGGCAUCCGUGUUACACUUCAUCUUGCUAAACAUGCCAGAUUUAUCGAAAGUUUAAUUAUAUGA